AUGGCUACUGCUCAAGUAUUAAGAACUGGUCCGGUUGGCCAACCCGAUAUCGAUUAUGCUCCCGAUCUCGACAAGUAUCUUGCACGUGUUGCCCGCCGAAAAGCUACUGAAGAGCUGUCGAAUCAGCUACCAGAUGGAUUUCCCCACGAACUGAACUCUGACCUCGUAUGGAAUGGAAGCGACAUCACUGAAAAGUACAAUUUCGUCUACGAACUCAAUGGGGAAGAGCUUCAGGAGAUUGAUGAUGCGCUAGAAUACUUCAAAUCUCUUGGCAAACCACUCGGCUUCAUCAACCAAGAGACAUUUCCUCUUCCAAAGCUGCACGCUGAGCUGCGCAACAUUUCCGAUGAGGUCCAUAACCGACGUGGCUUCAAGGUCCUUCGAGGCCUGCCAUUUGAUAAGCAUGACCGUGAGGAGAAUAUUAUCAUAUACGCUGGAGUCUCGUCGCACGUAGCUCCAAUUAGAGGGCGCCAGGACUUUCAGUAUCAGGGAAAACCAGCGGAUGUCGUCUUAGCUCACAUCAAAGAUCUAAGCUCGAUCGUGGAUGCUGACAAAAUUGGAGCACCUGCUUAUACGACCGAUAAGCAGGUAUUUCAUACUGAUUCGGGUGAUGUUAUUGCCUUGGCAUGUUUGGAGACUGCUGCGGAGGGUGGCGAAAGCAAAUUGUCCAGCUCAUGGACAGUGUACAACGAGCUUGCCAGAACGAGACCAGAUCUUAUCAGGACCCUGGCUGAGCCUUGGGCCAGCGAGAAUUUUGGCGGUAGGGGGGACAAGUAUGCACUGCGACCAUUGCUUCACUAUCAGCCAAAGACCGAGUCUGCUCCUGAGAGACUGAUCAUCCAGUACGCACGAAGGACGUUCACGGGCUAUUGGGGUUUGCCAAGAUCCUCUGACGUGCCACCCAUCACUGAAGCUCAGGCCGAGGCUCUUGAUGCCCUCCAUUUUCUGGCUGAUAAGCAUUCUGUUUCUCUUGGGUUUCGAAAGGGCGAUGUACAAUAUGCCAACAAUUUGAGCAUUUUCCAUGCCCGAGAUGGAUUCAAGAACACUCCGGAGCAGCAGCGUCAUCUUAUCCGCCUUUGGCUGCGUGAUCCUGACAAUGCAUGGCCUACGCCCGAAGCGUUGAAGCCAAGAUGGUCCAUAUACGAAGGCGUAACGCCUGAAAACUCUGUUUUUCCGCUGGAGCCCACAAUCCGUACUGCAAGUGGAGGGAAAAGCAAGCCGCUGGAGUGA